AUCCCUUUGGGUUAUAAUUCACUUGAGUACUGAGUGCUGGGGCCACAAAAUAGUGUUAUCCCUAUUGCAUGGUAAAGGGCAGAAGAACCAUGUGCAAUCUGCCCUGAAGGAGAGGUCACCCUAAAGUGAAUGUCACCCAGUAAGCAGAGGGUAUUGUCUGUCCACUGCCAAAUGAAAGUCAGAGGGGAUGGGGGACAAGUUCCUAUUUUGUGGGUGCUAUUCCAGAAACUCCUAGGUAUUGUUUAAGCCUCUUUCUCUUCCCCAGUGCUUUAUGACAGUACUGACUAAACUUGAUUUGGAGUUCUUGCUUCCCUUCAGCAGUUAUGAGAUUUGCUGUUGUCACUGGUAAGCAGGUCUAGGGCGAGUCUUGAAGUGAAAGACAAGGGAGAGACUGCAGCGGCUGUUAGGUUCCUCCCUGCUCGGUGAAAUCAUUAAGAGCUGAAAUCGCCAAGUAGGAGACUCUCAGAACGGAGCAUCGCGGUGGCAAGCGGUGAUAGAGUUAUUUCUGGAAUGAAGAUAAACUGUGAACCAGAGGCACUUCUUGGCCCAUGCGCUGGGCAGUUUGCUGACUGAAAUAAAGAAAACUGAAACUCCAGCUAAAGGUCCUGGCUUAGGACCCAAAUCACUCCGCUUUGUAAACAGAUCUGUGCAGGGCAAAGGCAUCUCCAGCUUGAUUCUACUUUCAGGAACUGAAUGCGGGUCAGCUGGUCCCUUGCUAGAUGAGUGGCUGCACAUGCCGUGUUUGGGCACCUGAGAGCUGUAUGUAGCCUACACGGCACUGGCUGUACUUUCUGGGAUCUCCAGUCAGAUAUAUGGAAAUAACGAAGACAAACUGGGUUUCGUGUCGUGUUGUAACUUAGUUUCAGCUGUUUCCUGCAGGGAGGGAAAGGGUGUGUUAAAAUGUUUUUCCUGUAGACUUUUUUCUUUGGAAAAGCCCCAGUGGGAUCAGGGAGUCAUCUGACCCUUCAACGUAAGACUUGUGGCUUGAGAUUCUGCCUGCCGGGAACAGUCAUCUGUUUGGGGAAAUCAGCCUUGUAGGUGAGCUGGGAAAUGAAGACGUUGAGGUCUGUGGUUCUCUCCUUGGCUUCUCUUUGGGCUGUUGCCUUGCUGAAAACGUCUCAGGUGAGAUGCCAGCGCUCUGUGCAGUUGGGAAUGGCACCCGACUCUUUCGAUGACCAAUACAACGGCUGCACUGAAGAAAUGGAAACAGAUAUUGCUCCUCGCCUGCUAGAGGAGGAAAAAGCCAGACACCCGCUGCUGGGCUCUAUGUGGGGAAACCUAUCAGCUGUUUGGGCGAUUAAGAAGAAAAGGCUUUCUGUGCCCAAGGGCUUUAGGGAUGAACAUGGCAUAGCCAUCCUGGUCUACACUGAUUCCUCUAAGCCACUGUACUGGGAGUUGAACAAGGCAGUGAGAGAGGCUGGGGUCUCCCGGGAUAACUACAUGAGCAAUUUCCACUUCAAAGCUCUUCAUUACUAUCUGACGAGAGCCCUGCAGCUCUUAGGGGCUGACUGCGGCCACCUGUCCAGACGCCAGCUGUUCCGGGGAGUCCGAUCCAUCCGCUUCGAGCCCAGUGGGGCAGGUGUGUUCCGGUUUGGACAGUUCACCUCUUCCUCGCUGGAUGUGGCUUUAGCUCGGAGUUACGGCAACGCCACGUUCUUCACCCUGCGCUCCUGCUUUGGCGCCCACAUCGAAGCGUUCUCUACCUUCCCUUCAGAGCGAGAAGUGCUGAUCCCCGGGAGUGAAGUGUUCAAUGUCUCCAGCUUCUCCCAGGAGGGGAACCGCAGCGUCUUCCUCCUGCACAGCAUGAACCGGACCUGCAGCCAUUACAACUGCGCCUACCUGGGGGGAGAGAAGUCUUCAGAAUGUGUUGACAACACGGUUGCAGGAAGGAGUGCCAGGGUGUCCAGCAACAUAAGCCCCAUGUUCGUUGGUGGAAUUGUCCUGGUCAACAUUGCUGCUCAGAAACUCUUCGCCAAUUUCAAACUCGUCUUGAUUUUGUAAAAAAUAAUAAUAAAAACAUUCUCUUAUAAAAGUAAA